AUGGAAAAAUUUACAGUAAUAUUACUUUCUUUUGUGCUGCAGGCUACAUGUAUAUCUGGAGCCACUGAUUGUUCUCCACCAUGGAUGGCUGAAAGUAAUCCGUUUUUCGCAAAGAUUUUAUCAAAAUCAGUCUACAGAUGUCCUUCGAUUUUUGGAGACUCAAAUAAGGUAUACUGUUGUUACAAUACGGAUGGAGACGUUGAAUGUUGCAAUUUUCAAGAAUAUUUCGUUUUUAGAUUAUUUUGUCUUUUUCCAAUUAUUUUAAUAGUUUUAAUCAUUCUAUCAUUCAUCUGCUGUAUGUGUUGUUUUCUGUGCCCAUUUUGCAUGGCUUAUAAGCUCAGACAAACUAGAAGUAAGCAUGAAAAUAUGAUAUAUUAA